GUGUAAAUCGAUGAAAAUACUAGUAAUUACAUUAUUGUUAACUGAGCUAACAGUGACCUACAGAUGCCAAUUAAUGCAAUCAUACGACUACCUGUUUGAACCGUGCAUUUAUCAAGAGUCUAACAAUACAAAUGAGGUUAUAUGCAGUGGUGACGGGGAUCUCAAUUUGCAAACAACGUUCAAAAUAGUAGACAGACGACUACCAACACCAAUGAAAAAAUUUAGUCGACUUUAUAUCAAUAAUACGGCACUUAAGAUAUUACCAGAAAACUCAUUCAGAGACGUGACGUUUGACGAGAUAAUCAUCGAUGGCUGCAAAAACUUGGAACUAUUGCACGAAAAAUCAUUUACGGCAACAAAUUUGAUAACAAAAUCCAUUACAUUUAGAAACAAUCAAAAAUUAAGUAAUAUUUCAGUUUUCGAUAUCUUAAGUAAAUUUAUUAAUUUAGAAGAAAUCUAUUUUUUCAAUAAUAACAUCAAACACAUACCCGACGAGGCAUUCAAACCAGUGAUCGGACCUCAAGUCAAACUAGAGUUCAUUCAAUUUUAUGGCAAAACAAUUGAAAGUAUUGGUAACAAUCCUUUUGCACACUUGAAUAAUCUGAAGCUUCUGGAUAUCAGUCAUACGUCUAUCAAAACUAUUGGAGAAAAGGCAUUUGAAUUUAAUACAGUUUCCGACAAUUAUUUGACUAUCUAUUUGUUUGGCAAUAAUUUAUUAAACGAAACGUCAUUUUCGGUGAAUUCGUUGUCAAAUAUCAAACGUCCCGUUAUUUUAGAAAUUGAAUUUAUGGGCAAAUCGUGGGAAAAUCCCGUUUAUUAUAGAGAGGAUAUAUUGUUGCCAUUUUUGCAGAGUAACCCUCAAAAUAACUUAUCCAUGCCAUUUACUCCAUAUAUUGAUUGCCAAGAUUGUCGAAAUUAUUGGCUUAUUAUUCACCAACAAUGUCAACAACAGUUAAAUCAUACAUUAAUUUGUAACAAUAGAAAUCAAUUCAAUGAUCCUGGUAAUUUUAUAGAUUGCACUGUGUAA